AUGGAUCUUCCAGCUGAAAUCAACAUCAUGGUGAGAGUCUACAGACAUGUCGAACCCCUUCUCGGAGCUAAGGCUUUACAGAUCAUCCGCCAUCUUAUAAGCUAUGAUGAAUUCCCCUAUCAUAACACUGGCAAUCAACUCACUCGGUCCGCCUACUCUUAUCUCGCCAGGCUGCGGCUUGUCAAUAAAGCCUUUUCCUUGCUUGUUUCACCGUUUCUUUUUCGUACGUUCGUCGUUUGCCUUACCUCGAAGCUGGACGAUCUACGCAAGUUUCAGGGUUUCUUUAAGACCGCCUGUGCGCGCUAUAUCCGACACCUGAUUUUUCAGAUCUCUGGGACGUUUCAGUGGGACAUAUUGAAUGAUGGGACAAAGCUCGGCAAGAUCAUAUCGUCAGCAAUGACCCCCCUACAAGAUAUCAAAUCUAUGGAUUGGGCUCUUCCGUAUCAUUAUCUCGACGAUCAAAGUAGCCCCAGCGAGCUGAAUCACGUUAUUUAUGGGGUCCUGAAUGCUGCACCACUGCGCAAACUCGGGAGCUUAAGAGUCGAUUUUCCUGAAUACUGGGAGUUUGAUGGUCAUGUUCCUCGAGCGGGCGUGGAGACGGAUCAAGUCAUCCAGGUUCUCCAUCGCAUUCGCUAUCUCGAACUUCGUCAGAUGAGGGCUGAGAUAGAUCUUCCACCGCUCUGGUCACCAGCUGCUGAUUCUGCAGCCUGGAUCUUCGGCUGUCUGAGAGAUUCGCUCUACUCUUCCACUCUCACCGCGGCAAAAGAUGAAGUCGUUCUGGGCCGCAACACAAACGCUCCUACAUCUCACUUGGAAACACUCAUUCUGGUUGCCUUAGCGAUUCCCUCAUCUACCCUGGUCUCGCUCCCGGCACCAGCCUUACAGUCACUCAAAAGGUUCGAGAUUUGCCACGUCCACCUGACUUCCGGCUGCUGGGAAGAUAUUUUGCAGUGGCUAAGUUGCCUACCCAAUUUGAUCUUCUUCCGACUCGUUCGAUGUGUAUACCUAGGAGCAGAUCUUGACAUUGAACACGACUAUUUCACUCUUCCACCUGAACGUGUCCCAUGGCAGAAGUUCCAUGAAGGUGAAUGGGAGCAGCGAGACAGAACGCGGGGUGUUCCAAUGGAGAUCGUUCCGCCCUAUCUUGUCUUGUUGGACCGAGUGGACGCUAAUAGAACUGCUGCCGGCAUGGGUCCGCUUUUGAAGGAGGAGAUAUAUGAGUCACAGAAGAAGACUUGGAAAAUGUAG